AUGGAGGAACAACCGAUGCCUGUUUUCAAACGGAUGACUUUAGCCCAAACCAAUCCGAUCGCCGGCAAUAAAAAACGAACGUGGAAAUCUUUGAAACAAAUUUUGGCUUACGAACGGACGCUACCUUGGAAGGAAUCCGACGUUACUUAUUCAUCGAUCAAUGGGCCACCGUCCUUCGUGCCGGCAAAAAAAUACUCUGACAUAUCGGGUCUAAUUGCUCCGUACACCGAUCCUCAUUCCAAGCUGCACUACCACAAUGCAGAAGAAUUUCAAACCGUACGCAGUUUACCGAUGGAUAUUACGGCCGGUUUUCUUGCCCUUCGUGGCGCUAGCAGCAUUGUUUAAGUAACGGAUU